AAUUUAAAGAAAAACUAAUCCAAACACUUCAAGGAGGUUACAGUUACUGCAAAUAAAUGGGAGGUCUAAACUUUCCAUACAAUCUGAAAAGGAAAACGACCACAAAUACUGCCUACUAAACAGAGACCUGGAUCAGGAAGUACCAGAAUGUGAUGCUCAGUAGCUUCUUCAGGAGAAAACAAAGCAGCUAUCCAGUUCCUGUCAUUUCAGGGGGUUUUUCCACCCACAGUCAAGACAUUUUACCAGAUAAUAUUUUAGUAAAAAACUCCAGUAUGUUGCAAAUGGGAAAACUCUUGACCUCACCUUCAAGAUGCCCUUCGGAACCAUCUGUCAGACCAGGAGGAGGUGAUCAAAGCACCAGUUUUGUCAUUCCACCAUCAGAGAUAGAUUUUAAACCUAACCAGUUUAUCCAAGAGAACGGACGGGUCAAACGGCCAAUGAAUGCCUUUCUAGUGUGGGCUCGCAUCCACAGAGAGGCAUUGCAAAAAGCCUUUCCAGGAAGAACCAGCAAUGCCAUCAGUGUUCAGCUAGGAAAUGAGUGGUAUAAGCUCAGUAAGGACCAGAAGAGGCCCUACUUUGAAGUAGCUGACAAGCUGAAGAAGAUGCACAGACUGUACUUCCCUGAUUAUGAGUAUCGCCCGCGGAAGAGAAAAGACACAAGGCAAGCUUUCGAAGGGAAAUAUGACCAAACAUCAGGACAACAGCAGGACUCAAAUAUUCACUGUAUUGGCUCACAGAGUAUGCCUUCAGGUCAGCCCAGGUUCCUGGACCCUGUUCUAUUUACCCCAUCUCCUGUGCCUCAACCAGUCUCCUCCAACAUCUAUUUGCCCUUUAACACCCAUAAUCAAGCAACCAUGUACCGUAUGGGCCAGAGCCAGAGUUUAAGGCCCGGAUUUGAAAGAAGCUGGAUGGAGGAGAUGAAAAACAUUGGCCAAAGUGACUGGCAUGGUGGAGCUUUGAGCCCGUUUAUCUUUGAUGGUUAUUCCGUACAGAGUUAUUAUUCACCUGGUUUUAUCUAAGAAGUCAGCGUUGGCUGGAACAUAAUUUCAGUGUUGGCUGAUGUCACAUCUCAACAAGACUAAACAAUGAGGGGAG